AUGGAAUCAAUUAAUAAUAAUAACUCUCAAGAUAAAGUUUGGUAUAUCACUGGCACUAGUACAGGUAUUGGAUUAGAUUUAUUAGAAUUAUUGUUAAAUAAUGGAAAUAGAGUAACAGCUAUUACACGUUCACCAGAUCAAACAAUUGAUGAAUUAAAGAAAAAGGGUACUAAAAACUUGGACAAAUUAUUAGCAAUUAAAACUGAUAUUACUAACGAUGAAAGUGUAAAAGAAAGUAUAAAAAAAACCAUUCAAGAACAUGGUAGAAUUGAUGUAGUUGUAAAUAACAGUGGCUAUGGAUUAUUGGGUGCUGUCGAAGAGUUAUCAGCUGAAGACAUCCAAAAGAUUUACGCAGUCAAUGUAUUUGGUGUAUACAAUGUAUUAAGACACACAACUCCAUAUCUCAGAGCACAACGUUCCGGUUUAAUUUUAAACAUAUCAUCUUACCUUGGAUACUCUACCAUUGGCGGUAAAUACUCUGCAUAUGAAUCAACUAAACAUGCAUUGAAUGGUAUUACCCUAUCAUUACAAAAAGAAUUGGAGCCAUUUAAUGUUUCAGUAGUAUUAAUUGGCUUAGGUGGUGUCCGUACAAGUUUUGUAAAUGGUGGUAAUUUUGCAGUAACCAAAAAUUUAAUCGAAGAGUAUAACACAAACCAACUCAUUGAAAUGUUUAAAAAAUACUCGCCAUUCGCCAAAGGAGAUCCAGUCAAAGUUGCUCAAACCAUAUAUAAUCUUUCAAAUAGCAGCAAAUUACCGGUAUCAUUAGACCUAGGUUCAGACUCAUACCAAAUCGCUAAAGCAACAUUCGAAAAUAGAUUAAAAGGAGUUGAAGAAAAUCAUCAAUUAACCUUGUCAACAGAUUUUUAA